UAAUGAAAGACAUGUCCAAAAAGAUAUUCGAAAAGGAGAAUUAAGCUGAGGUGUCUAAUAACCCUAGACAUUAGAAUAAAUCACUAACUUCAUUAGUCUCACUAUCAUUGAUUGGUGGAAAUAAAAGUAAUGAAUUAAUAAUAUAUCUAAAAGAAAAUGAAUUUAAGAGUAUGGAACUUAAAAAUAAUUAUACUUCUAUUUCAUCUCGUCCACUUGUUUUCUGUAAACCAGAAUCAAAAAUAAAAACUUUAACAACUUCUUCUCCAUAAAAAUAAUCACCUAUAAAACCAAAAUAAGUAGAAACAUAAUCAAAUGAAUUGUGUAAAUUAAUCAACAAUUAUUCAGAACCUAUUCUUGAUUAUUACUUAGAAUUGAAUGUAAAUAUUUAUAAAAUUAACAAAUAUAGAAUUAAACUCCAAAAAACUUUUUAUCCAAUCAUACAGUAAGUUCUAAUCUUAGAGCAAAAAUGGUUGAUUGGAUGGUUGAAGUACUGACUUCAUACAAAUGCAAAGAUUAAACAUUCUUUUUAGCUGUUAGAUUGAUGGAUUCUUAUCUAUCUAAAACAACAUAAAAACAUAUACCUCAAGAUUUACAUUUAAUUGGUGUGACUACAAUGUUUAUGGCUUGUAAAUUUGAGGAAAUCUAUCCAGUUAAAUUAUAAAUUGUACAUGAGAAGAUUGCACACAAAAAACUAACCAAGGAUGAAAUAAAAGAGAAAGAAACAUAAAUAUUAACUACUUUAGAUUUUAGUUUUAUUGGUAUAACUGUUUUAGAUGUUAUUACAAUGGUUCUAUCUAUAUUAAAUAUGAAUCAAUAGUUAUAUUAAAUAACAUUAUAUCUUGCUAAAUUGGUAAAUUAAAUUAUAUUAUUCUAGGCACUUUAUGAUUAUGAAUUUGCCAAUAAUCAUACAUAUGUAUAAUUUGCAUGUGCUGCUUUGAUUGUGACCACCAAAAUUGUAGAGUAAAUUGAUUAAUCACUUUCAUCUGAAAUAGUAAUACCAUUAAUAGUUUCAACUUUAAAAAUGGACAACUCUGAUGCAAUGGAUUCAGCCAAUAAAUUAUUGAAUUUAGCUAAAGGAUUUGAUAAACAAUAUCCAAAUCUGGAAAAUUUAAAGAAAUUUAGUAAAUUUCAAUUAUCAGAUAUGUUAACAACCCAACAUUGA